AAAUGUUAAUUUUUUUUUAGAAAAUGACACUUUUUUGUAUAAUUUUGUGGAUUGGUGUAUUAGGAGUUAUACAUGCCCAGACAAUUGCAGAGUGUUCAGAUGCUGAAUCAUCUUGCGCUCGUUGCUUACAAAAUCCAGCAUGUACUUGGUGUAAUAAUGUGAAUGGUGGUAGUUGUAUACCGUCUGAUACAUCUAGUCUUUUCUGUCCAGAACAGUCAUAUCAUAUUCAAUGUCCCAGCAAUGAGAACAGUAAUAAUGAAAAACUUGAAAACAUUUUUCAGUUGUUAUCUAACCUAAAAUCUUUUCAAUCUCAACCAAAACCAAAACAAUUCAUUGAAAAUUCAUAUAAUUUUAAUGCUGAUAGUGAAGUUCAAGAAAAAGAUACCUCCAGCACAUCUGAGUUAACAGAGUUACUUCAUAAACUUAUGCUACUAAAACUUCUCAGAAAAUUAAAGCAAUCUGGUGGUUCUCUUAGUGAUGAUGAACGUACACUUUUAAUAGAAUUGACAAAUUCUUCACCUGGCAUUAUAAAAACAACUGCUAUAACACCAAGAUCAUUAAAAUCUAUUAUUUCCCAACCCACAAAUGAACCCCUUUUGCAUUUGAUAAAUGACAAAGAAAAUGAUAAAACAAUACAAAUAAGUACAGCAAUCAGUAAUUUUCCCGAUUUUUCUUCAAAAAUUGUUUCAACUCCAUCUAGUGUUAUGUCUGAAAGACUUGCUUCCACUGUUCAAUAUUUAUAUAAUGAAAAGCCAUUAUUACCAAUAGAUCAUUAUGAAACUGUCAAUGUGGAUUAUUCAGAAUCUGAAAACAACAGAGUUUUUAAGGUAAAUAAACUUCAAACACUGAAUUCUUUUAUUUCAGAAAAAGAAAAUGUUAACAUUGUUUACUGCCCAUUUAUAAAAGAAUCAAAGAACUGUAAUAUUAAAGAAAAUUGUACAUGGUGCAAUACUAUGGAUAGUUGUAUUAGUAGAACUUCAAAUGAUUAUAAAUUAUGUGUUGAAAGCAAAAGCAAGAUGACUGAUGGAGAAUUUGGUUUGGAUACAUGUUUAUCGUUAUCUAGCUGUAAAAAAUGUGUUUCUAAUGAAAAAUGCUAUUGGUGUGAGCAAUCAAAAAGUUGUCAUACAUAUCCAUUCUUCGGUUUCCUACCUCAGUCUUGCGAAGGUGAUUGGUAUGUGAAGCAGUGUGAUGUACAGCUGGCUGUUGUUGUUAUUGUUCUACCACUUAUGAUUAUAUUGAUUGCCUUGAUCACAUUUUAUUUUUGCCUGAAAUAUUGUUACUAUAGAAAAAAAGUUUUGCGUGUCCCAUUAUUUGAGAAACCUGGAGUUUUUGAUUAUCGUAAAGACAAAAAAGUCUACUAUGUUAACCCAGAUGAUGAGUCAAGCACUGAUGAAUUUGCAGCUGAAAAAUUUAGAAAAAAAUUUCGACUGCCGAUGGAAAGAGAACCUCUUAUUGAUCCAAACACUUAAUUUAUGGUGUUAAGAUUUUUUUUUGUAAAGUAUGUUUAAUAUUACCAUAACAUAUUAUUAACAAUAUAUUGGAAAAUAUUUUGCUUAUUAGUUUUAAACAACAUUUCUUUAGUCAAAUUGUGUUUGAAAGUCAUUUUUAUUUUUACAUCUAUUAAAGAUCUCAAUGUACGUUAAAUUUUGUUUAACAUAAAAAUAUUUAACAUUUAAUUGGUUUUUUUUCUAACUCCUCAAUUGAUUUACUUUUUAUAUGUUUUGCUAUUUUUUUAUUUCUUUUAUAGAUAGCUUUUUUUUUUAAUAUUUCGUUUUGCUAUGUGACCACUUCAAACUUUACAUUUUUAUAAUUUUCAAUUCUUAUAUUUAAACA